AUGGCAUCCACUACAACGGCAUCUUCAACGGUAUCUGUGGGAGAAGCAGAAGAGUCGAAUACAGUCACAGGGUCCAUCAUUGUCUGGGUGCCAAGCGGCGGUGAAUCCGGAUACACCACGCAGACAAUCUAUCCUACUUCUACACCUACAUCUACAUUCCCUGAGAAGCUUACCGCUUCCACUUCCCUAUCAACAACCUCAACCUCAACCUCGGCUUCAACUCCAACUACAAUUGAAAAGACAACUCUAACUACCUCGUCCUCUGCAACCCCAACUACAACCAACGAACCUGAAACCUUGACCGUACAAGACACAUCGACCGAAAGCGUGACGGUGACAAUCUCCGGCCCAACAGUGACUGUAACCCCAACCCUGGCACGCACAAGCACAAGUAGUAGCUCCUACAUACCUACACCCGCUGAGACGGAGACAGAGGUGACAAUCACCAUACACAAUACAGCGAUAGCGAGCGUUACAGUGACCAUUCCUGGUCUGACGAUCACAGUCACACCGACGCCGACGUCUACAUCUACGUCAACCUCUCAGGCGGGUGCAUUGUCUGUGAUCCCGGUUACGCCGACAAAUUUCAUCACUAUCAUUGAAAUGGAGACUGUGACGACGACUGCGACUGUGACGGUAACGACAUCUUAG